AACCAUCUCCUUUAUACGUCGAUAAAAAAAACGUAAACUCACAGCUGGCAAUAUCUAUUUGGUAGCAUAUAUACAAGCAGUCCAAGUACAAGGUCGAAUCACUAAACCUACUCUCCCUAGAAAAAAAAAAAUGGCGACAGAUAAUAAUAAGCACCAGAACAAGAAGCUAACGAUCCCAUUCAGAACAAGAAUCGCUGUCGCCGUUCUCAACACCUUCACCGAUAGCGCUCAACGUCCCGACGGCUCCAUCAACCGCCGCUUACUCCGCCUCGUCGAUUUUCGCGCGCCUCCCAACCCCAAGCCUGUAAACUCCGUCUCGACCUCCGACUUCGUCGUGGACCCGUCUCGCGACCUCUGGUUCCGUCUCUUCACCCCGCACGUCUCCGGCGACCGUAUCCCCGUCGUGGUUUUCUUCCACGGCGGAGGCUUCGCUUUCCUCAGCCCCAACGCUUACGCUUACGACAGCGUGUGCCGGCGUUUCGCUAGGAAGAUACCGGCUUACGUCGUCUCCGUCAACUACCGUCUCGCUCCGGAGCACCGUUACCCUGCUCAGUACGACGACGGGUUCGACGUCGUGAAGUUCCUCGAGGAGAACCGCGGGAAGGUUCUCCCGGCGAACGCCGAUCUCUCGAGGUGCUUCUUCGCCGGAGACAGCGCCGGCGGGAACAUCGCGCACAACGUGGCGAUACGAGUCUGCCGCGAGCGCUGUUUCGCCGCCGUGAAGCUCGUCGGAAUGAUCUCGAUCCAGCCUUUCUUCGGCGGAGAAGAGAGGACGGAGGCGGAGAGAAGCCUCGUCGGAAUGCCUCUGGUUUCGCCGGAGAGGACUGACUGGUGCUGGAGGGCGAUGCUGCCGGAGGGAGCGAACCGGGAGCACGAGGCGGCGAAACCGAGCGUUGUGGACAUAUCGGGUCUGGAAUACCCGGAUACGAUGGUGGUCGUGGCCGGGUUUGACCCGUUAAAGGAUUGGCAAAGAAGUUACUACGAGUGGUUAAAGUUGUCCGGGAAGAGAGCAACGCUGGUCGAGUAUCCAAACAUGUUCCAUGCGUUUUAUAUCUUUCCUGAGUUGCCGGAGGCUGGCCAGUUAAUCCAGCAGAUUAAGGAUUUUGUCGAGGAGCGCGUGGGUUCAGAGUCCGCUUAGUACUUCAUGUGUUGUCCUAAAAUCUUAAUGAAUUAUUAUUAUGUUAACUCGAUUAGCAAAGGUAUUAUUAAUAUUAAGGUGUGCUUUUAAAUCUA